AUGGAUUUAUCCUUUCAAUUUUGUCUCAGGGUUGUCGAAGAAGCUACCAUGGGUGACCGGGACGUGACUGAGGUAAAAGGGCGUCUUGCAAAGUUGUACUCGGAGUUGGACGAAAUCAAUGCACAGGAGAAGAUAAGGUUAGAAGAAAUGGAUAAGAUGACAGCAUUACAUACGGCAAAGCUAGAAGAAGCGAGGGUUUUGUCAGGCCGUUAUGCGGUUGGAAAUGACCAACCUGAUGAGAGGAUUAUCGAGGAGGACAGGGGUGGUGAUGUGGCUAUUUGUGGUGCUGAUGCUGGUAAUGGUGAUAAGGACCAGAAUCAAGAAGGGAAUGCUGAUGAUGAGGCUGAAGAUGAUGAGGACGAGGACUACGACGAUGAAGAUGUUGAGGACUACGACGCUGAAGAUGUUGAGGACUACGACGCUGAAGAUGAUGAGAAUGAGGAAAAUGCAGAAGAUGAAGUUGAUAAGGAUGAGGAGGCGGCAGAAGAUGAAGAUGAAGAUGAUUAA